AUGGCUGACAGUGGAGAAGGUGACGAUGAAUUCCAGUUUCUCCGAACGGGAGAUGAGGUGGUGUUGCAAAGCACUGUCACCUCCCUGGAGGAACAUGUGAAACUCUGUCUCGCAGCCGAGGGAUUUGGCAGCAGACUCUGCAGGCUUGAGCCCACCUCUAACUGCAAGAAUGUUCCCCCAGACUUGUCUGUAUGUGGCUUUGUUGUAGCCCAGUGUCUCUCUGUUCGAGCCCUGCAGGAAAUGCUGGCCCACAGUGAACACCUGGGUGCAGAGUAAUGUGAAUGUGAUUCACAGGUGGGAGCUGGAGGAAGCCAUCGCACCCUUCUAUAUGGCCAGGCGGUGUUGUUCCUACACUCAUACAGCGGCAUGUAUCUCAGCUGCUUGUCUUCAUCUCAAUCAUCAACAGACAAGCUGGCUUUUGAUGUUGGUCUGCAAGAGAAUAAAGCAGGUGAGGCAUGUUGGUGGACCGUCCACCCAGCAUCCAGACAGAGAUCAGAGGGUGAGAAAGUGCGCGUCGGAGAUGACCUCAUACUGGUCAAUGUUUCCUCAGAGAGAUAUCUGCACCUGUCCUUGGGAGCUGUAUUUGACAACAAAAGCUGGAGUGACAGCCUGAUUGUUAAUGCAGCCUUCCAGCAGACACUCUGGCGUGUUGCUCCCAUUUGCUCUGGAGGCGGAGUUGCUCAAGGAUACCUGAAUGGGGGCGACACAUUGAGACUACUCCACAGCCACAGUGACGCAUAUCUGACUGUCCCAUCCACAGAGCAGGGAGAGGAACUGCAAAGGAUGAUGCAUUAUGAGAUUGGAUCAGUCUCCAGCCAUGCCCGCUCUCUCUGGAGGCUGGAGAUUCUGCGAGUUGUUUGGAGUGGCAGGCAUACAUGCUGGGGGCAGCCUUUCCGACUCUGCCAUGUGACUACCGGGAGGUACCUGGGUCUCACAGAGGAGAAAGGCUUGCAUCUGGUUGAUCGGGACAAGGCUGACAUCAACACAACCUCCUUCUGUUUUCGAUCAUCGAAGGAAAAGCUUGACACAGGCACAAAGAUGAAUGCUGAUGGCAUGGGGAUCCCAGAGAUCAAGUAUGGAGACUCCAUUUGUUAUGUUCAGCAUGUAGACUCUGGGCUUUGGCUCACCUACCAAGCCAUUGAUGCCCAUUCUACACGCAUGGGAGUGUCUCAGCGAAAGGCCAUUUUACACAGCGAGGGUCAUAUGGACGAUGGGCUGACGCUGUCUCGUUCUCAGAGGGAAGAAUCUCACACUGCCAGACUCAUCCGGAGUGCUACUCUGCUCUUCACACGCUUUAUCAGGAAACUGGACGGUUUUAGUCAACAAGGAAACGUCACAUCUGUUAGUCUGCCAAUGGAGAUAGUGACAUGUAGUCUGCAGGAUCUAAUAAGCUACUUCCAGCCUCCACUGGAUGGGCUAGGCCAUGAAGCAAAACAGAACAACAUGACAGCGCUAAAGAAUCGACAAAACAUGUUCCAGGAAGAGGGUGUGAUAGAUUUGGUCCUUGAUUGUAUUGACCGUCUGCACCAAUAUAGUAGUGGAUCUCAUUUUGCUGAGGCUGCUCAGAGUGACACAGGAGAAGAGUGGGAGACCAUCCUCAACCGUUUCUAUGAGCUACUUGCUGCUCUGAUCCAAGGAAACCGUGUGAACUGUGCACAUUUCUCAGGGUCUCUAGACUGGCUGAUUAGUAGGCUAGACCGUCUGGAGGCCUCUCGUGGAGUCUUGGAGGUUCUGCACUGUGUCCUCGUGGAAAGUCCUGAAGCAAUCAACGUCAUCAAAGAAGGACACAUUCGUUCCAUCAUCUCUUUUCUUGACAAGCAUGGAUGCAACCACAAGGUGCUGGAGGUGCUGUCCUCUCUGUGUGUGUGUCAUGGUGUUGCUGUGCGGUCCAAUCAGAAUCUCAUCUGUGACAAUCUGCUGCCAGACAGAGACUUGCUGCUCCAAACACGUCUGGCUAAUCAGGUCACCAGCAUGAGACCAAACAUCUUUUUGGCUUUGGGGGAAGAUUCAGCUCAGCAUCGGAGGUGGUACUAUGAGCUGGUUGUGGAUCAUGUGGACUCCUUCCUCACAUCUGAGCCCACGCAUCUGCGUGUCGGCUGGGCUCGCACUGAGGGCUAUCAGCCCAGGCCCACGGGAGGUAAAGGCUGGGGAGGCAACGGGGUGGGAGACGACCUCUGCUCCUACGGCUUUGAUGGGCUGAAUCUGUGGUCAGGCUGCGUGGGCCGCAGGGUAAGCUCCCCCUUCCCUCACCUGCUGAAAGAUGACGAUGUGGUCAGCUGCUGUCUGGACCUCAGUGCUCCCUGCAUCUCUUUCCGGGUCAACGGUCUCCCAGUGCAGGGCAUGCUGGAGAACUUCAGUGCUCAUGGACUUCUUUAUCCUGUGGUCAGCUUCUCAGCUGGAGUCAAGGUUCGUUUUCUUUUUGGGGGACGACAUGGAGAGUUUCGCUUCUUGCCCCCACCAGGAUUUGCUCCAUGCUCUGAAGCUCUGCUCCCAAGAAUCAAGCUGAAGUUAGAGCCAUGCCAGAAAUACAUCUUGGAUCAUGGAGAGGGGAAACGAGAGCUUAUUGGCCCCUUAGUACCUGCUACUCCAGUGACCUUUACUCCCACACCAGUAGACAUUAGCAAGGUGGUAUUGCCUCCACAACUUGAGAAUGUCCGUGAAAAAAUGGCUGAGAAUAUCCAUGAACUCUGGGCAAUGGACAAGAUUGACCUUGGAUGGACACAUGGAGCUGUGAGAGAUGACGUUAAGAAGCAUGAUCCCUGUCUUGUGGAGUUCUCCAAGCUGGCGGAGCAGGAGAGGAACCACAACGUUCAGAUGGCUCAGGACACCCUCAGGACUCUUCUCGCCCUCGGUUUCCACAUUGGUUUGACUGAUGACUACACUGAGGAGAGGGUCAAAUACAUGAGACUAGCCACCAAGUAUGAGCAGCCCAGUGGCUACAGACCUGCCCCAGUAGACUUGAGCCAGGUUCUUCUGAGCCCAGCCCAUGAGGAAGUGGUUAAUUUGCUGGCGGAGAAUGAUCACAAUGUAUGGGCCAGAGAGCGUAUUAAGCAGGGUUGGACCUAUGGAGCCCAACAGGAUGUGAAAGCGAAGCGGAGCCCAUACCUCGUGCCCUACAGCCUUCUUGAUGAAAGGAGAAGGAGAGUGGGCAGGGAGAGUGUCAGAGAGGCUGUCUGUACCCUGCUGGCCUACGGUUACAGCCUGGAGUCUCUCAGCCAGGAACGCACCACAUUAUCAAAUCCAUGUCUCUUCUCUGCGGAGAAGUGCAGAGUGUUCAGACCAGACAAAUCAUACUCCGUCACCCGAGGGAAGUGGUACUUUGAAUUUGAAAUAGUGACAGCUGGGAAUAUGAGAGUGGGCUGGGCCCGACCGGGCUGUACCUCAGACAAAGAGCUCGGCUCAGAUGAUCAGGCAUACGUCUUCGAUGGAUCUGAGGCUCAGUGGUACCAUCAGGGCGUUGAACCCCUGGGACGUCAGUGGCAGAGAGGCGAUGUGGUGGGUUGCUUGGUGGACAUGGCUGAACGCACCAUGAUGGUCACGCUCAAUGGAGAGGUGCUGUUUAAUGACAGAGGAUCAGAGCUGGCUGCCAAGGACUUUGAUGUCAGAGACGGCCUGUUGCCUGUGGUCAGUAUUGGGGUAAACCAGGUGGGGAGGCUGAACCUGGGCCGCCAAGUGGGCUCUUUGCAGUACUUUAGUGUGUGUGGCCUGCAGGAAGGCUAUGAACCGUUUGCUGCCAACAUGGCCAGAGACCCAGCCCUGUGGGUGAGCUGGAAACAGCCUCAGUUUACCUCGAUAAUGCCCGAUGAUCACAACUUACAGGUCACUCGAGUCAGUGGCUCAAAGGAUUCCUUAUCUAGCCUGAGGGUUUCUCAGCGGUUGUUUGCACACCACGGUGCAGGCAGUGAGAUGGGCUUUUACCGGCUAAGCAUGUCCAUCCAAUGUGCUGCUGUCCUCACUAGCCCUGCGGGCGGUGUGCUUCCAGUGGCCUCCAACUCUCUCUCUCCAGGAAGGAAAGAGCAGGAGGAGAUGGACUCUGACUUUGAAGUGCUGAUGAAUGCAGCCCACAGCUUUGCUGGCUCAAGAGAUGAGCUGAACCAUAAAGAUCAUAGUCAUGACAAAACAUCCAAAUUGAAACAACGGUUCUUGCUGAAGAGGACUAAACCAGAGCUAAUCAGCAGCAACUCUUCUGCACGGCUUCUAGAAGAUGUCGUAGUUGACAAAGACAACCAUGAUCACCUUAUCCAGAGCUCCAGAUAUUACUACUCAGUGAGGGUUCUUCCAGGCCAGGAGCCUUUUAAUGUGUGGGCAGGCUGGGUGACCUCUGACUUUCAUCAACACGACAUGAAUUUUGACACUGACAGCGUCCUCACUGUAACUGUGACCCUCGGAGAUGACAGUGGAAAAGUUCAAGAAAGUGUGAAGCGGUGUAACUGUUACAUGGUGUGUGCUGGAGAGGCAACGGGCCUGUCUCCAAGUCGGAGGAGUGCAGGGUUGGAAAUUGGCUGUUUAAUUGACACAGCCACUGGGCUGCUCACCUUCACCUCCAGCGGAGUGGAGAUGGCCACCUUCUACCAAGUGGAAGCCGGUACAAAGCUGUUUCCUGCUGUUUUUGUCAAGCCCACCACGAGCAACAUGUUUCAGUUUGAACUAGGCCGCAUCAAGAAUGUGAUGCCACUGUCAGCAGGUUUGCUUCGCAGCCAAAGAAGGAAUGCCACCCCUCAGUGUCCUCCAAGGUUUCAGGUCCAGCAUCUCAACCCGGUUUUGUGGACCAGGGUACCAGACAGUGCAUUAAAGGUGAUGGUGGAUCGGCCUGAUGAGCACCAUGGCUGGAGAAUCCAGUGCUGUGAGCCCCUGCAAGUCAUGACCCUUCAGAUCCCUGAUGAAAACAGGUCUGUUGACAUUUUGGAGCUGUCAGAACAUGAUGACCUCUUGACCUUUCACCACCACACACUCCUCCUCUACUGCUCUUUAUGCGCCCUUGGAAACACCAGAGUUUGUCAUGCCCUCUGCAGCCACGUGGACCAAUCCCAGGUCCUUCAUGCCAUUCAGAAUCCCCAUCUCCCUGGUCUGCUCCGUACUGCAUUUUACCAGCUGCUCAUUCAGGUUCACCUCAGCAGCUACAGCACAGCAUGUCAAAUGAUGAACCAGGAAUAUAUUGUGCCUAUGACUGACCCGACCCGAGAAAUCACCCUUUAUCCCAGCCCUGCUAAUGGUGUUAAUGUGGGGAAUAGUCAGCCUCCAAUGGGCAUUUCCAGCACUAGUCUCAGUACAUCCCUAAAACCACGGAUGCAUUUCUCAUCUCCGUGUUUUGUCAGGAGUGAUGGGAUGGAAGGAGAUGGUGCAGGUGAAAUAUCCUGCACAAACAGCCCAGAAAUCCCUCUGGACAUAUUAAAAGACCUGACUGUGGAGAUGCUGACUGCUGGAGUGUGGGCUGUGGGUCAGGGUGUGAGGGAUCCUGUAGGAGGCAGCAUUGAGCUUCUACUGGUUCCCCUAAUUAGGCUGUUCUACACACUGCUGGUUAUGGGGGUAUUUGGGGAUGAGGACCUUGGGAAAGUUCUGAGCCUGAUAGAGCCUGGAGUCUUCUCUGUUGAUCCUGAAACCCUCGAGGAAGAGGAAGAAGAAGCUAGUGAUGAUGAAGAACAAUGGAAAGGGGGCAACAACAAAGAUGACACCCCUAAAGAAGGACUUCUUCAAAUGAAGCUUCCAGAAGCUGUCAAACUCGAGCUCUGCCAUCUGUUGUCCUACCUGUGUGACUGCCAGGUGCGCCACAGGGUAGAAGCUGUGGUUGCCUUUUCUGACAGCUUUGUUGGUCAGCUGCAGGAGAACCAGCGUUUUCGCUACAACCAGGUCAUGCAGGCACUUAACAUGUCUGCCGCUCUCACUGCCCGCAAGACCAAGGAGUUCCGCUCACCUCCACAGGAGCAGAUCAACAUGCUGCUGAGCUUUACAAAGGAUGAGCAGCAGGAGAACUGUCCAUGCCCAGAGGAAAUCCAACAGCUCCUGCAAGACUUCCAUCACCUGCUCAACACACACUGUGGCAUUGAAUUGGAUAGUGACACAGAGGAUGAAGAGGAUGCUGAGAUGUCUCUAAAAGAGCGACUUCUUAGUCUUGUGGUGAGAGUCAUUGGACUGAAGAAGACACCCAUAGAGGAGGAGGGAAAGUCCCUCAAAACACUGAUCUCUGACACGAUGGUGCAUUGGGCUCAAGAGGUUGAGAUGGAGGACCCUGAACUGGUUAGAGCUGUCUUCUCAUUGCUGCACCGCCAGUAUCAGGGCCUUGGGGGCCAAAUGGCAGGACCCCUCUGCAGAGCCUACACAAUCAGCCAGGCAUCGGUAGAAGACACCAUGGCUCUUCUGUCCUCCCUGAGCCAAAUCCGCUCCCUCCUCAGUGUGCGCAUGGGGAAAGAGGAGGAGAGGCUGAUGAUCAGAAGACUAGGAGACAUCAUGAAUAAUAAAGUUUUCUACCAGCACCCCAACCUAAUGAGGGCACUGGGGAUGCAUGAGACUGUGAUGGAGGUGAUGGUCAGUGUUCUCGGAGAAAGGGAAUCAAAGGAGAUUACUUUUCCCAAGAUGGUGGCGAGCUGCUGUCGAUUCCUGUGUUAUUUCUGCCGCAUCAGCCGUCAUAAUCAGGGAGCCCUGUUUGACCACCUGAGCUACCUGCUGGAAAACAGCAGUGUUGGAUUGGCUUCACCUUCCAUGCGUGGGGCCACUCCCCUGGAUGUGGCAGCAGCCUCUGUUAUGGAUAAUAAUGAACUGGCCUUAGCGCUGAGGGAACCUGACCUAGAGAAGGUGGUCCAGUACCUUGCUGGCUGUGGUCUCCAGAGCUGUCCGAUGCUAGUGGCUAAAGGCUAUCCUGAUAUCGGAUGGAACCCUGUGGAGGGCGAGCGAUAUCUGGAUUUUCUACGUUUUGCUGUCUUCUGCAAUGGUGAGAGUGUAGAGGAGAAUGCCUAUGUGGUGUUGAGGCUGCUGAUUCGUCGGCCUGAGUGUUUUGGCCCUGCCCUGCGAGGUGACGGGGGAAAUGGCCUCCUAGCAGCCAUGGAGGAAGCCAUCAGGAUCUCAGAGGACCCUUCUAUGGAUGGACCUUGCACCACCUACCAGUCCAACAGAACACUAGAUGUUGUCCAGGACAAUGAUGAUGACCUCAUUCACAUGGGGCAUGCCAUCAUGACCUUCUACUCGGCCCUUAUUGACUUGCUGGGGCGCUGUGCUCCAGAGAUGCAUUUGAUUCAAGGUGGCAAAGGAGAAGCUAUCCGCAUCAGAGCCAUUCUGAGGUCGCUCAUCCCGAUUCAGGAUCUCGAGGGAGUCAUCAGCAUCUCCUUUCAAGUUCCUUCAGUGUCUAAAGAUGGUGUGGUGGUUGAGCCUGAUCUAUCUACAGUGUUCUGCCCAGACCACAAGGCAGCUAUGGUUCUAUUCCUGGACAGGGUGUAUGGCAUCGAGAACCAGGAUUUCCUUCUCCACCUACUUGAAGUUGGCUUUCUGCCUGACCUUCAGGCAGCUGUCUCUCUUGACACUGCUGACUUAGGAUCUACUGACAUGGCUCUGGCCCUCAACAGAUACUUGUGUACAUCAGUGCUUCCCCUGCUCACCAAAUGUGCAGCUCUCUUCUGUGCUCUAGAGGACCAUGCUCUCCUGGUGGAUUCUCUCAUCCAGGCAAUCUACAGCCUCUCCAGGGCUCUUAGCUUGACCAAGGCUCAGAGAAACACUAUUGAAGACUGUUUGUUGGCUGUGUGCAGUAAACUCCGGCCAUCUAUGAUGCAGCCUCUUCUCCUACGUCUUGUCUUCGAUGUUCCCCAUCUCACAGACUACAGUCAGAUGCCCCUAAAGCUCUUGACCAGUCACUACGAGCAGAGGUGGAAGUACUACUCACUAGCUGGAGCGCAGGGUGACCAGGGUUUGGCCUCUGAAGAGGAGCUCCACCUGUCUAGAAAGUUGUUCUGGGGCGUGUUUAAGGCCUUGACAAAGACGCCCUAUGAGGCUCAGUUAUUUAAGCUGAGUGUCCACUGCCUGGCUGCAGUGGCCAAGGCCCUGCCUCCUGACCAAAUGGACUCAGGCUGUUCGUCAAGUGCAGAGAGAAAUGCCUCGAUGGACACAGAUGGACACUUUGACCCGCAGCCUGUAGAUACCUCCAGUGUGUCAGUGCCAGAGAGACUGGAGUUUGUUGUGAACAAGUAUGCAGAGCAUACUCAUGAGAAGUGGUCACUGGACAAGUUUGCCAACGGCUGGGUUCACGGGGAGCAGCUAUGCGAGAACACCAAGGUUCACCCACUCCUCAAGCCAUACAGGGCUCUGGCUGAGAAGGAGAAGGAGGCAUACCGCUGGGCCAUUAAAGAAACAAUAAAGAGUAUGCUGGCCUUUGGAUGGACCAUAGAGAGAACCAAAGAAGCAGAUGCAUUUGGCACACAUACCUGUACACGCAGAGUAUCUCAGUCUGGACAGCUGUCCUUUGAAGGAGCAUCAACCUUCAGCCCCAAACCUUUGGACAUGAGCAGCAUCACCUUAUCAUGGGAUCAGUGUGGUAUGGCAGAACAGUUGGCUGAAAACUACCACAAUGCCUGGGCUAAGAGGAAGAAAGUAGAACUUGAGAGUAAAGGAGGGGGUGGCCAUUCAAUGCUUGUACCCUAUGAUAGCCUGACUGCCAAGGAGAAGACUAAAUUCAGAGAAAGAGCCCAGGAUGUCCUUAAGUUCCUUCAGCUCAAUGGCUACACUGUGUGGAGGGAUCGGAAGACAGUGGGGAUGGACUUUCCAGCCGUAGCCAACUGCUUUGGCUACAGUCUCCUUCAGCGGCUGCUGUGUCACACCGAGGAUGCCCAAGAGCACGUGUUGGAGCUGGCCAGAGGACAGAUGUCUAAAGGAGAGAGAGCUCCACACCAGCAACCACUUAUUUUUUUUCCCAAGGUUGUCCUUCCUCUUUUGGAACAAUAUGUGAAGAGCCACCGACUGUAUUUCCUGUCCACUUCCCUCUGCUCAAGUGGUAAUAGAAGUCACGCAUCCAAAAAGGAAAAGGAGAUGAUUGUAAGCCUCUUUUGUAAGCUUGCAGCUCUAGUAAGACACAGGAUCUCACUCUUUGGGAACGAAGCCUCAUCAGUUGCAAGCUGCCUCCAUGUUUUGGCUCAGGCUCUUGAUGCCAGGGCACUGAUGAAGUCAGCCCCAGAGUGUAUCCAAGCAUCUCUGCAUUCAUUCUUCGAGGCAGCUGCAGCUGAUCUGGAGAUGACUGUAGAAAAUCUUUCUGUGACCUUGGUCUGUUUGCCUCAGAGCAGGAGUCAGCAGGCUAGAGGGGUGGCCAAGGUUCUCAGCUACACAACCUCCAUACUCCUGCCCACCCUCACAUCCCUCUUCCAGCAUCUUGGCAGCCAAAACUAUGGGUUGGACCUCCUAGUGGGGAGUAUCCAGGUGUCCUGUUACAGGAUCGUCAACAGCCUCUACUCUCUUGGCACCAGUAGCAGCAUCUACAUGGAGGGGCAGAGGCCAGCAGCAGGUGCGUGUCUGGCAGCCCUGACUGGGACUUUUCCUGUAUGCUUCCUGGAGCCAUCCCUCAACCACAACAACCCUUACUCCAUCUACAACAUCAUGAGUGCUGCUGAGAGAGAAGACCUGGGGCUGCCAGAUCAGGUGGAGGACAUGUGUCCCCAUCUGCCCUCUCUGGAGCAGGCUCUGGAGGAAGCGGAGGAGUUGGCAGGCGCUGGUGCUGGUGCUCGCCAGGCCAACUACAUCCAUGUCACGGAGGUCACUCUGCCUAUGCUGUGCAGCUACAUGUCCCGUUGGUGGCAGUGGGGCCCUGAGGGCCAGCCAGACAGCCCCAUCUGUACCGCUGUCAUUCCUCAACAUGCUAGUGACCUUCUCGGCCACAUCCUCCGUAUCAUCCUCAACCAUGUGGGAGCUAGCAAGGGCGACUGGAUGAAACAGCUGGCAGUUUUCUCUCAGCCAAUUAUAUGCAAAGCCCGAACUGAGCUGUUAAAGAGCCACUUCCUGCCACUGAUGGAAAAACUGAGGAAGAGGGCUGAGUGUGUGCUGCUAGAGGAGGAGCAGAUGAAAGCAGAAGGGGGUGAUACCUCUGAGGCAGAGCUGCACAUACAGGAGAAGUUCACUUUACUAGUGCGAGACCUCUACGCCUUCUAUCCCCUCCUUAUCCCAUUUGUGGAUUCUAAUCGAGCCAGCUGGCUGAAAGAGUCGAACCCUGACGCUGAGCAGCUGUUCAGCAUGGUGGCAGAGGUCUUUAUAUUUUGGGCCAAAUCUCAUAAUUUCAAAUGGGAGGAACAGAACUAUGUGGUCCAAAAUGAAAUCAACAACCUGGCUUUCUUGGUCAACAAUGACAAAAUGUCCAAGGUCAGACUAUCAAACCAUGAGCAGAGGAGAAUGAAGAGGAAGGGGGAUCGUUAUUCCACGCACACCUCUCUCAUUGUGGCUUCCAUGAAGAGACUGCUCCCCAUGGGACUCAGGCUUAGUUUUCCAAGCGACCACAGCCUUAUCAUGUUAGCUAAGAGCGGCUUCACUCAGAAGAAAACUGAAGAUGAGAUUCGAGAGCAUGUUUUCACUUGCCUUAUACAUCUUCAGAGUAAGGCGUCAAGCUGUUUGAGGCAGGAGACCCUUUAUGCAGAACACCCGAGCCAGCAGGUUGCCAUCACUGAUGCCCAAAGUACUGCAGACAGGAUUCUUGAAAUAGCUCGAGUCCUUUAUUACCUGGACCAGGUGGAACACCCACAGAAAAGUAAAAAACCUGCGUGGCACAAGGUGUUGUCCAAACAGAGGAAACGAGCAGUGGUGGCCUGCCUGAGGAUGGCUCCCCUUUACAACUUACCCAGGCACAGAGCUGUCAACCUGUUCAUCCAAGGCUACAAUAAACUGUGGGUAUCAGCUGAGGACAACAGCUUUGAGGAGAAGCUCGUGGAGGAUUUGGCUGUGAGUGGAAAAGCGAAAAAGGAUAUGGAGGAAGGUGCCAAACCAAUCGAUCCUCUCCUACAACUCAUUACACUCUUCAGUCGAAGCGCCCUGACGGAAAGGAGUAAGCUUGGAAAUGACAGUCUCUAUAAGUCCUACGCUACUAUAAUGGCCAAGAGCUGCCACAGAAAGGAGGAGGAGGAUGAAGAACAAGAAGUGGAAAGCUUUGAAGAAAAAGAGAUGGAGAAACAGAAGUUGCUGUACCAACAGGCCAGGCUGCAUCGUCGUGGAGCUUCUGAGAUGGUCCUGCAAACCAUCAGUGCCAGCAAAGGCGCCAUGGGCUCCAUGAUUGCCCCUACAUUGAAGCUGGGUAUUGCUGUUCUCAAUGGAGGGAAUGCCACUGUGCAACAGAAAAUGCUGGAUUAUCUGAGAGAGAAGCAAGACGUUGGUUUCUUUCAGAGCAUGGCUGGACUCAUGCGGUCAUGUAGUGUUCUGGAUCUGAACGCAUUUGAGAGGCAGAACAAAGCAGAAGGAUUAGGCAUGGCCAUGGACGAGAGCUCAGGAGAGAAGGUGAUGCCUGACAAAGACAUAACAUGUGACCUGUUCCGUUUUCUGCAGCUGCUCUGUGAAGGACACAACUCAGAUUUCCAGAAUUACUUGAGAACACAAACAGGCAACAACACCACCGUCAACAUCAUAAUAACCACUGUGGACUAUUUACUGAGAGUGCAGGAGUCAAUCAGUGACUUCUACUGGUACUACUCAGGGAAGGAUGUGAUUGAUGCACAUGGACAACAGAACUUCUCCAAGGCCAUAGAAGUGGCCAAACAGGUCUUCAACACUCUCACUGAGUACAUACAGGGCCCGUGUGCUGGGAACCAACAGAGUCUAGCUCACAGUCGUCUGUGGGACGCUGUGGUGGGAUUUCUCCAUGUCUUUGCCCACAUGCAGAUGAAGCUGUCUCAGGAUUCAAGGCAAAUUGAUCUGCUGAAAGAGCUCAUGGAUUUACAAAAGGACAUGGUUGUUUUCUUGCUUUCCAUGUUAGAAGGCACUGCUGUUAAUGGAACUAUUGGAAAGCAGAUGGUGGAUAUGUUGGUGGAAUCGUCAGGCAAUGUGGAAAUGAUCCUCAAGUUUUUUGACAUGUUUCUCAAACUUAAAGACCUCACCUCCUCAGAUGCCUUCAGAGAGUACGACCCUUAUCGUAAGGGCUACAUCUCCAGGAAAGACUUCCAGAAAGCCAUGGAGAACUGCAAGCAUUUCUCCUCAGCUGAGAUUCACUUCCUCCUCUCCUGCAUGAAGACAGACGAUAGUGAAAUUGUGGAUUAUGAGGCCUUUGUGGAUCGCUUCCACGAGCCAGCCAAAGACAUCGGCUUCAGCAUUGCUGUUCUCCUCACCAAUUUGUCUGAACACAUGCCCAACGAUUCGAGACUUAGGACAUUCUUGGAAUUGGCAGAGUGUGUCUUGACGUACUUCCAACCCUAUCUAGGACGUAUUGAGAUCCUCGGCAGUGGGAAGCGCAUUGAACGCGUCUACUUUGAGAUCAGUGAAUCCAGCCGCACACAGUGGGAGAAGCCUCAGGUUAAAGAGUCCAAGCGUCAGUUCAUUUUUGAUGUGGUCAAUGAGGGUGGAGAAAAGGAGAAAAUGGAGAUGUUUGUCAAUUUCUGUGAGGACACCAUCUUUGAGAUGCAGCUAGCAGCACAGAUAUCUGGCUCUGACACUGGAGAGAGGUGUGCUGACAAAGGAGGAGAGGAACAGAGUGAAGAGGAUGCUCAGGACGACAGCGGGGUGUUUUUCAUGUGUCGUUGGUUGUUAUUGCUGAUAUCUCUGCUUUCUGUCAAAAACCUGAAGACAUUGAUGAAGAUGACCGUGAAGGAUAUCCUCAUGGCAGCUGUGUUCUUCCUCAGAUUCAUUUUUAUGGCUCAGGUCCGGUGUAUUUGUGUUGUUAUUCGCAGCAUCUUAUAUGUCCUCUACAUAGCCUUUGUCAGUGGUGGGCUCAUAGAGGGAGCCAAGAGGAUGAGGAUGUCGGAUUUGCUCGGUGGUAUUCUCGAGCCAACUCUUGAUGAGGUCAUGGAGGUGCAAAGUGGUGUGGAUAGGCUGAGGAAGUACUCAGCCAGUUUCUCUUCUCAGAGAGAAUUGAGGGAGAUGGGCCAUGUGGCAGCUGUGACCUCCCCCAGGGAGGUGGAUGUACUGUCAGACAUAUUUGGUCUUAAAGUGAAGAAGGAUGGAGGUCAAUACAGACUUAUACCACAAGACCUAACUGCCAGUCUGACUGACCUGUUCAACACGACGUCCAAAACAAGUGCCACUGCUGAUUUUUCUGAAAAGCGUCAGGGGACGCAACGUAAGGCCCACACAGUCACAGAGGGAAAAACAGAAGAUGAGACAGUGCCUGAAGUGGAGAAUGCAAAAGGGAGGGAAUUUGAGGAGAAAACCAGGAAGGAGAAAGCAGAAGCAGAACAGAGAGCCAAGAGAUGCUCUAAUAAGUCAGAGGAACCAGAGAGCCAACACUCUGCCCUCUGGGAGAUGAUAAGCACUCACAACAAGAGCCUGCUGAAUUACUUUGCAAGGAAUUUUUAUAAUAUGCGCUUACUGGCUCUGUUUGUAGCUUUUGCAAUCAACUUUAUCCUCCUCUUCUACAAGGUAGCAUCCUUGCCUGAAUCUCAAGAAGAGAAGGAAGCGGUCACAUCUGUUAUCAGUGAGGAACUGGACUCAGCUGCCGACGAUGAGGACAGAGAUUAUUUUGUGCUGGAGGAGAGUAGUGGAUACAUGGAGCCGUCACUCCGUUUCCUGGCCGUGGCUCACACAAUCAUAUCCUUCUGUUGUAUUAUCGGAUACUACUGUCUCAAGGUACCACUGGUGAUAUUCAAACGUGAAAAGGAAGUGGCGCGAAGGCUGGAGUUUGACGGGCUGUAUGUGACAGAGCAGCCCCCUGAGGAGGACAUCAAAGGGCAGUGGGACCGACUGGUCAUUAACACACCAUCAUUUCCAAGUAAUUACUGGGAUAAAUUUGUGAAGAGGAAGGUGAUGGAUAAGUAUGGUGACUUUUACGGCAGUGAGAAGAUUAGCGAACUCCUCGGUCUGGACCAAGCUGCAUUAGACUUCAGCUCUGAGAGAAAAGAAGAGAGGAGGCUCAAGAGAGACACUACCUGGAGUGCUCUAUUCAACUCCAUUGACAUGAAGUACCAGGUCUGGAAACUAGGAGUUGUGUUCACUGAUAAUUCCUUCUUGUACUUGGCCUGGUACAUGGCCAUGUCGGUUCUGGGUCAUUACAACAAUUUCUUCUUUGCUGCCCACCUUUUGGACAUCGCCAUGGGCUUUAAGACCCUUCGCACCAUCCUUUCCUCAGUCACACAUAAUGGAAAACAGUUGGUCCUCACUGUGGGCCUGUUGGCGGUUGUGGUCUAUCUCUACACUGUUGUGGCCUUCAACUUCUUCAGGAAGUUUUACGACAAGAGCGAAGACAAGGACGCCCAGGACAUGAAGUGCAAUGACAUGCUUACUUGCUACAUGUUCCACAUGUAUGUUGGAGUGCGUGCAGGCGGGGGCAUUGGUGAUGAGAUCGAGGACCCUGCUGGAGAUGAGUUUGAGGUGGAGCGCAUCGUCUUCGACAUUACAUUCUUCUUCUUCGUCAUCGUUAUCCUCCUGGCCAUCAUCCAGGGCUUGAUAAUUGAUGCCUUUGGGGAGCUUCGUGACCAGCAGGAGCAGGUGAAAGAGGAUAUGGAGACCAAAUGUUUUAUAUGUGGAAUAGGAAGUGAGUACUUUGAUACGGUCCCUCAUGGCUUCGAGACUCACACUCUACAGGAGCACAACUUGGCCAACUAUCUAUUUUUUCUGAUGUACCUUAUUAACAAGGAUGAAACUGAACACACGGGGCAGGAAUCCUAUGUGUGGAAAAUGUACCAGGAGCGGUGCUGGGAAUUCUUCCCUGUGGGAGACUGUUUCCGUAAGCAAUAUGAGGAUCAACUGGGAUGA